AUGCCCAACACAAUGGCUCUCACGCCUUACGGCUCAAAUGGAUCUACCGAUCUCACUAUGGCUGUUCUCGGUUGCGGCACCAUGGGCGUCGCCAUCCUCAGUGGCAUCUUGAACUCGCUCGCCGAUAUGCAAGGUCCUAAGCCCCUGCAGAUUCCCAGGUCAGGAGCCUCAACUCCCAUGGACGAGGUGCCCCAGCGUCUCCCCUCUCGCUUCAUCGCCAGCGUGGCCACUGCUGCCGGUGCCAAGCGUGUCAAGGGCACCCUCUGGGAGCACUCCUCCAUUCUCAAGGUCGUCCACAACGACAACCUCUCCGCCGUUCAGCAGUCAGAGGUUGUUCUCCUGACCUGCAAGCCCUGGAUGGUCAAGGAGAUCCUCAGCGAACCCGGCAUCGCCAAGGCCCUGCACGGCAAGCUGCUCAUCAGCGUUUGCACUGGUGUCACCGUUGAGGACAUUGAGAUUGCCCUCCACGGUGCCGUGCCUUCCAAGGACCCCAACGAGGAUGGUCGUUGCCGUAUCGUCCGGGCCAUGUGCAACGCUGCUGCUGUGAUCCGUGAGUCCAUGACCGUCGUCGCCACCAGCAGCCCGCCUCUUGACUGUGCUACCGAGAGUCUCGUCACUUGGAUCUUCAAGCGCAUUGGCGAUGUCGUCUACCUCCCUGCCCAGCACAUGGACGCCUCAACGGCCCUGUGCGCUUCCGGCCCGGCCUUUUUCGCGCUUGUGCUAGAAGCCGCCAUUGACGGCGCCGUCGCCAUGGGAAUUCCCCGCCACGACGCCCAGCGCAUGGCCGUGCAGUCCAUGAGGGGCAUGACCGGCCUGGUCCAGAACGGCGAGCACCCGGCCCUGCUCCGGGAAAAGGUCUGCACCUCGGGAGGCUGCACCAUCGGUGGAGUUCUGGUCAUGGAGGAGGGCAGAGUCCGCGGCACCGUCUCAAGAGCCGUGCGAGAAUCCGCCGUUGUGGCGAGUCAGCUCGGAAAGGGAAUUGAGGGUGUGAAUGGAACAAGAUUCCCCGGCCCUCCAAGCCUGCAAUGA